CGGCGGCCCAGGAGGAUGUACUUGGUGACGGGGGGUAGGGGGCUGGCCGGCUGCGGGCACCUCCUGGUCUCGCUGCUGGCACUGUUGCUGCUGCUGGCGCGCUCGGGGACCCGGGCGCUGGUCUGCCUGCCCUGCGACGAGUCCAAGUGCGAGGAACCCCGCAGCUGCCCGGGGAGCAUCGUGCAGGGAGUGUGCGGUUGCUGCUACAUGUGUGCCCGCCAGAGGAACGAGAGCUGCGGCGGAGCCUACGGGCUCCACGGGGCUUGCGACCGGGGGCUUCGCUGUGUCAUCCGCCCCCCGCUCAAUGGCGACUCCAUCACCGAGUACGAAGUGGGCGUCUGCGAAGAUGAGAACUGGGAUGAUGACCAGCUGCUAGGCUUUGAACCCUGCAACGAAAACCUUAUCUCGGGCUGCAAUAUAAUCAACGGCAAAUGUGAAUGCGACACCAUUCGAACCUGCAACAAUCCCUUUGAGUUCCCAAGGAAGGAUAUGUGCCUGUCAGCUUUAAAGAGGAUUGAAGAAGAGAAGCCCGAUUGCUCCAAGGCCCGCUGUGAAGUCCAGUUCUCUCCACGCUGCCCUGAAGAUUCCGUUCUGAUUGAGGGCUACGCUCCUCCCGGGGAGUGCUGCCCCUUACCCAGCCGCUGCGUGUGCGACCCUGCGGGCUGCCUGCGCAAAGUCUGCCAGCCGGGAUACCUGAACAUAGUGGUGUCCAAAGCCUCAGGGAAGCCGGGAGAGUGCUGUGACCUCUAUGAGUGCAAACCAGUUUUCAGCGUGGACUGCAGCACCGUCGAGUGCCCCCCUGUCCAGCAGGCCGUGUGCCCCCUGGACAGCCAUGAAACUCAAGUACGGCUCACGGCGGACGGCUGCUGUACCCUCCCAGCAAGAUGCGAGUGUCUCUCUGGCUUAUGUGGUUUCCCCAUGUGUGAGGCGGGAUCCACUCCCCGCGUAGUCUCUCGUGGAGAUGGGACACCCGGAAAGUGCUGUGAUGUCUUUGAAUGUGUUAAUGAAACCAAGCCAGCCUGCGUCUUCAACAACGUGGAGUACUCUGACGGAGACAUGUUCCGCAUGGACAACUGUCGGUUUUGCCGCUGCCAGGGGGGCGUGUCCAUCUGCUUCACGGCCCAGUGCGGGGAGCUCCACUGUGACAGAUAUUAUGUCCCCGAAGGGGAGUGCUGCCCCGUGUGUGAAGAUCCAAUAUACCCUUUCAACAAUCCCGCCGGCUGCUACGCCAACGGCCAGAUCCGUGCCCAUGGGGACCGGUGGCGGGAAGAUGACUGCACGUUCUGUCAGUGCAUCAAUGGAGAGCCCCACUGCGUGGCCACGGCCUGCGGGCAGAGCUGCAUGCGCCCCGUGAAGGUCCCCGGGGAGUGCUGCCCGGUGUGCGAAGAACCAACCUACAUCACCAUUGAUCCGCCUGCGUGUGGGGAGCUAUCAAACUGCACUCUUGCAGAGAAGGACUGCAUUUAUGGCUUCAAACUUGAUCACAAUGGUUGCCGAACUUGUCAGUGCAAAAACCGGGAAGAGCUGUGCUCAGGCCGUAAACGAGGCUGCGCCCUGGACUGCCCCUUUGGCUUCCUCACCGAUGCCCACAACUGUGAGAUCUGCCAGUGCCGCCCGCGGCCCAAGAAGUGCAGGCCCGUCAUCUGUGACAAGCAUUGUCCACUUGGGUACCUGAAGAAUAAGCACGGCUGUGACAUCUGUCGCUGUAAGAAAUGUCCAGAACUACCCUGCAGUAAGAUCUGCCCCCUGGGCUUCCGUCAGGACACUCAGGGAUGUAUGAUCUGCAAGUGUAGAGAGAUCCCUGCCUCCGCCGGGCCGCCUGUCCUGUCAGGCACAUGUCUGUCCAUGGAUGGCCGUCAUCACAAAAAUGAGGAGAGCUGGCAUGACGGGUGCCGGGAGUGCUAUUGUCACAGUGGACGGGAAAUGUGUGCCCUGAUCACCUGCCCGGUGCCUGCCUGCGGCAACCCCACCAUUCGUCCUGGACACUGCUGCCCGUCCUGUGCAGAUGACUUCGUGGUACAGAAGCCAGAGCUUAGCACGCCUACCAUCUGCCACGCGCCCGGGGGAGAGUACUUUGUGGAGGGAGAGACCUGGGGCAUGGACUCCUGCACCCAGUGCACCUGUCACAGCGGCCGCGUGCUGUGCGAGACGGAGGUGUGCCCACCGCUGCUGUGCCAGAGCCCCUCGCGCACCCAGGACUCCUGCUGCCCGCAAUGUACAGAUGAACCGCUUCAGCCCUCUGCAUCCCAUAAUGACAGCGUGCCUAGUUACUGCAAAAAUGAUGAAGGGGAUAUAUUCCUGGCAGCUGAGUCCUGGAAGCCUGACGUCUGCACCAGCUGCGUGUGCAUGGACAGCGUAAUUAGCUGUUACUCCGAGUCUUGCCCUUCCGUGGCCUGCGAGAGACCUGUUUUGAGAAAAGGCCAGUGCUGUCCCUACUGCCUAGAAGACACGAUUCCAAAGAAGGCUGUGUGUCGCUUCAGCGGGAAGGCCUACGCGGACGAGGAGCGCUGGGACAUCGACAGCUGCACGCACUGCUACUGCCUGCAGGGCCAGACCCUCUGCUCGACCGUCAGCUGCCCCCCGCUGCCCUGCGUGGAGCCCAUCAAUGUGGAAGGAAGUUGCUGCCCGAUGUGCCCAGAAAUGUAUGUCCCAGAACCAACCAACGUUCCUAUUGAGAAGAAAAAUCAUCGUGGUGAGACUGACCUAGAGGUGCCCAUGUGGCCCACCCCAAGCGAAAAUGACAUCCUUCAUCUCCCUAGAGAUAUGGGUCACCUUCAGGUAGACUACAGAGAUAACAGGCGGCACCCAGGCGAAGACGCCUCCCUGGAUUCCAUUGUUGCAGUUGUGGUUCCCAUAAUCAUAUGCCUCUCCAUUAUCAUUGCAUUCCUCUUCAUCAACCAGAAGAAACAGUGGGUACCGCUGCUUUGCUGGUAUCGAACACCAACCAAGCCUUCGUCCUUGAAUAACCAGCUGGUAUCUGUGGACUGCAAGGGCACCCGAGUCCCGGUGGAUGGCUCCCAGAGAAUGCUAAGAAUUGCUGAACCUGAUGCGCGAUUCAGUGGUUUCUACAGCAUGCAGAAGCAGAGCCAUCUACAGGCAGACAACUUCUACCAGACAGUGUGAAUGCAGGCAGCAGCACAGAAAACAGCGAGAUCGGCUCUUUAAAAAAAAAAAAGAAAAAAAAAAAAGUAAACUAGAAUGUGUGCACUUGCUUAGUGGAUUGUGUUGGACGGUGACUUGAUUGAUAUACGGCACUAAGAACUGACUGGGAUGGGCUCUGUCUCCGGCAGUGUGCAGAACAAGCGUAUUCCCACUUCUCCUCAAGAUAACUGACCAAGUGGUUUUCUGAGAACCAAAGUUUUUAAAGUUGCUAAGGUAUACUUGCUUGUAAGAUAGCCGUAGAGGUAUGUGGGGGAGGGUACGGUGAGUUUGGUUGGGGAAGUGGGUGGGAGGGUGGUGUUGGGAAGAAAACACGGUCAGCUUGGCUCAGGGCAGACAGGCAGUAAGUAGAUUGCAAGCAGUUCAUGGCCCAGAGGCCGUUUCCUUCUGUUGCUUUGAAGACUGUGCUACCAGCUGCCAAGCUUGGGCCCGAAUGCGCGGGCGACACACCAGGCCUUGCCAUCCAGCUGCCGUGACCACCGUAGACCCACCAGCCGAGCACGUCAGAACCUUCGAUAGCCAUCCAGGUCUAAAGCCACGAGUUUCUUUUCUAUACAGUCACAGCCAGCCAGAGGUGAAUAGCGGCGUUUCUCAAAAGCGGGUCGUUAAGGACACGCGCAGUGACAGUUCUUGCUGCUUCGGUUUUCUUCCAAGCCAAUCAGCCGGUUCCUAGCAGAGACCGCACAAGAACCAGGACCGCCGUUUCUUGACGUGAGCGCUGGAGCCCCUCAAACGACGCGGCAGGAAGGAGGGGAGAGAAGGACGCCAGGCAUUUCCAGGGGCCACACUUCAUUGCUUGUUGUCGCUUUGUUCUGUUCUGUCGUUGGUUGUUCAUAGUUUUGUUGACGCUCUAGCUUAAUUAGAAACUUUUUAAGAAAGAAAAAAAAAACUUUGGGAUUUUUUUUUUCCUUACUAUAAUACUGAUUCUACAAAAUAGAAACUACUUCAUUUUAAUUGUGUAUUAUUCAAGCACCUUUGUUGAAGCUCAAAAAAAAAAAAUUAUGCCUCUUUAAACUUUAGCAAUUAUAGGAAUAUUUAUGUAACUAUCUUAUGCUUCAGAAACAAAAGUAUUUGUGUGCAUGUGUAUAUAAUAUAUAUACAUAUAUAUUUAUACACAUACAAUUUAUGUUUUCCUGUUGAAUGUAUUUUUAUGAGAUUUUAACCAGAACAAAGGCAGAUAAACAGGCAUUCCAUAUCAAUGCUUUUGAUCACUUACAGAUUUUUUUUUUUUUGAAUAUCACAAAAUCUCAUUUACCUGCAGUUUAAUCAGAAAGGUGUGUGUGUGCGUGUGUGUGUGUGUGUGUGUGUGUGCACUGAGCAGCCAGGAGCACACCUGCUAUCGAGAGGAUGUCCCUUACCGAAAUCUUCUUCGUCUGGAUUUGCUUUCAGUUGGUUUUCAAUUUGCUCCCUGGCCAGAGACACUGACGGCAGGUUUGACCUGUGCAUCAAUAAUCAGCUCCUGGAUUUUUUUUUUUUAAUUUUUUCAAACAAUGGUUUGAAACAACUACUGGAAUAUUGUCCACCAUAAGCUGGAAGUUUGUUGUAGUUUGCCUCAAAUAUAACUGACUGUAGACUAUAGUGUUAACUUUCCAAACAGCUCUUAGCACUUUUAUACUAAUGACCCAUUUGUGCAUUGAUUUUUUUUUUCUUUUUAAAAAUGCUUGUUGUGAAAGACACAGAUACCCAGUAUGCUUAAUGUGAAAAGAAAACGUGUUCUGUUUUGUAAAGGAACUUUCAAGUAUUGUUGUAAAUACUUGGACAGAGGUUGCUGAACUUUAAAAAAAAUUAAUUUAUUAUUAUAAUGACCUAAUUUAUUAAUCUGAAGAUUAACCAGUUUUUGUCUUAGAAUAUCAAAAAGGAAAAAAGAAAAAGGUGUUCUAGCUGUUUGCAUCAAAGGAAAAAGAAAGAUUUAUUUCCAAGGGGCAAUAUCUUUAUCUAUUUCCAAAAUAAAUUUGUGAAUAUGAUGUUACCAAAACAGAUUUACAUCAGCCUGAUUAGUAUGAAAUUUUGUUGACAAUUAAUCCAUUCCUGGCAUCAAAAAUAAUAUCAAAAAAAAAUUGUAAAUGCUUGCUUGUUUUUCAAUCAUGGCCAUAUGAAAAUUACUAACAGGACAUAUAGGACAAGGUGUAAAAAUUUUAUUAUUUUAAAGAUAUGAUUUAUCCUGAGUGCUGUACCUAUUACUCUUUUACUUUGGUUCCUGUUGUGCUCUUGUAAAAGAAAAACAAAUAUAAUUUCCUGAAGAAUAAAACAGAUAUAUGGCACUUGGGGUGCACCGUCGUA